UCCGGAGACCGAAGCGCAGCGUCGUGGGAGCCCUCCAGGCGAGUCGAGUCGAGUCACCCGGCCUCGGGGUUUUAGGGGCGAAGGGAUCAAUCACCCCCAACCUUCCUCAGGCUGGGCGGCAUGGACUCACUAAUAAUUGAUCUCGAAAGCAAUGACAAGUCAAGGUCUCCGGUGGAGAGGACACCACGGCCGCGCCGGGUCGGCCUUGUGUGCCCCAAGUAGCCAGGCUGUGAGCGUCUGGGGAGAGGCAGCCCGGCGGGAUGGAAAGCAAUAGGGACGCCAGUAAAGGACAGCGUUUAUUCGCGCUGUUGGGCACCUUAUAGGUUAAAUCUUCAAAGCACUCCUGUGACCAAAGCCACAUAAUGUCAGUAGUUCGUUCAUCUGUCCAUGCCAAAUGGGUCGUGGGGAAGGUGAUUGGGACAGCAAUGCAAAAAACUGCUAAAGUGAGAGUGACCAGACUUGUUCUGGAUCCCUAUUUAUUAAAGUAUUUUAAUAAGCGAAAAACCUACUUUGCCCACGAUGCUCUCCAGCAGUGCACCGUUGGAGAUAUUGUGCUUCUCAAAGCUCUACCUGUCGCGAAAACAAAGCACGUGAAGCAUGAACUGGCUGAGAUAAUUUUCAAAGUUGGACAAGUCAUAGAUCCAGUGACCGGAAAACGCUGUGCAGGAACCACCUACCUGGAGAGUCCAGUCAGUCUGGAAACCACCCACCUAAGCAAAAACCUGGAAGAACUCGAUCUCUCUUCAACACAGUGAAGGAGGAUUGGAAAACGGAGCCAAAAGGGAAGGAUUUCUAAGUUUGCUUUAUGGAAAAAUUUUUAUAAGUUUCCUCACAAACCGUCCAGUUUCUUUUCUGGUAUUUAUGAACUAGCUAAAAGUAAAUGAAGUAAAGGCCUUGUUAUAAUUUAAAA